CGCAUUUGAGUUCAUCUGGAAGUGUAUCUCAAAUGGCGACAACGCAGGGCCAUUUAACUGUUUCAGCCAUAUCAUUAAAUUUUCGAGAACUUCUCAAGGAACCAAAGGGAUUAGAGGAUGCUGCAAACUACUUAUUUCAGGGGCUUCUGGAUGAUGUUGUAGCGGGAAUAUUCAUAGAAAUUCAUCAUUUGCGGAAGACAGGCAAUCUGACGGCUCUUGACGGAGUCGGGGAAGAAAAUGCAGAGUCUGCUUACAGAAUUUGUGAAAUGCCAAACUUAGAUAUAUUCGGCAUAUCAACUGCAAAAAAACCAAUGGACUGUACCUGUCCACAUUGUGACAGGUUAGUGGCGGCGGCCCGAUUUGCACCACACUUGGAAAAAUGCAUGGGCAUGGGACGCAUUUCUUCUCGUAUUGCUAGUCGGCGGUUGGCAACUAAAGAGGGUGCUAGUGCUAGCUCUUCCUCAACUUCAACAUACCUUCAGUCCAGUGGCAAUACAGGCGGUACCGAUGACGAAGAUGAUGUGGAUUGGUCGUCAGAUAAGCGUAAAAAGAAGUCGACGCAGAAUUCUCGAAACAACGGAUCCAAAAAGAAUAAUGGGAAAACUUUCUAACAUGGUGUUUCUGUCAUUUAUUGACCCUUGUUAUUAUCUCAAUUGAAUAUACAUCAAUACAUUUAGAAAAUCAUGA